AUGGAAGUUGAUCAAGGGGAGGGUAAUGAUGUAGGACAGGGGAGGCAAAGAGAGUACAUGAAAUGGACAGACAAUGAUGAUGUGAUCUUCAUCGAAGGCAUGCUGGACUUGGUUCAAUCAAGGGAGGUUGAGUUACAGAACUUAAAGAACGGAGGAUUCAAGAAACUUAAAGCUAUGAUUGAGAAGAGGAUUCUCGGCUUCAAUCUGAAUGUGAAAUCAUGA